AUGGGAUGCCUGUUUGUUGUUGUUUUGGUGGCAAUUUUCAACAACGCGUUUGCUGACCAAGGUAAGAUCUCUACUUCCUCACAUUUAUGAUCCGAAAUCAAACAACUAAAACCAGUGAGAAUUUCCCUUGCAACACAAGUAAGUAAGUCACAGCAAUUCUUGUCUCGCAUUCAUAUUAAAUCAAACUAAGAGCAACUGAUUCCUUGACCUGAUCUGAGUAAGAGCCCAUGAAGUAUACCAUCGAGACAAUCUGCACAUUGGGACGUCAAUUUUUUUUGUUUUUGUCGCUUGAAUUUGGCAGCCCUGGGUGAAAAUGCAGAGAUGGCGAAGAGAUGUAAUUCAAGAUCAGUUUAAAAUGAUCUAAACUCUAAAACGUUUCUAUCGAUCUCUGAUGCUUUUUUUACUAGGAGGACGCCGGUGGGGAUACGAAGAAACAGGUAUGAUUCAAAUUAUGCUUCGUUAUGCCCAGUUGUCGUCGUUUUUCUCCAUUAACUUUCAAUCGCUGAGUGAUGAGACAACACACAGAAAUCAAUACAUUCGCAAAAACUUCUAGAUGCCAGUUUGAGUCUCAUAGCUUAGUCCUUGGUUGCCCAUCAACACAUUCACUGUCUUCUUUCAAAACUUUCUCUAGAGUUCGGUCCGGCAGACUGGGGUCUAGCAGUGCCGUCAUGCAGUGGUCAGUUCCAGUCUCCCAUCGACAUAGUUACUAGUUUGUCUCAGACAAACUCUUCUUAUGGUGGCCUAGUGCCGAUCUUUGAUAAUGAGGAUGGAACAGUGAGUGGUGUCUUGUCCAACAAUGGCCACGCCCCUACAGUUACUCUGGAUAAAACCCAAGGCGGUGUAACCCUCACGGCAGGUCCUCUUGGUCAAAACACCUUUCGUCUGGAACAGUUUCGCUUUCAUUUUGGAUGCGAAAGCAAUGUUGGCUCUGAACAUACCGUGGAUGGAAACUCUUUUGCAUCAGAGGUAUUUAACGUGAAUUCAUGCUAAAGCUGCACGAAUUAAGGCCCCAAUUGAAAAAAUUACAAUAAGUAAGCAAAGGAAUGAAUCUUGUAAGACUUCCUUCAAAAGAACGAUUGUUAAGCUAGAGGAGAAAAAAGAUUUUUUUUUUCCUUGAGACUUAUACACUCUCGCGAAGGCUGUCCAGCAUACAAUCAAAAUGAUAGUCCACUAGUGUGAAUUUCUAUUGACGUUAGUUCUUUCCAACUAAAGAACGAUACUGUUGGGGAAAUUUUUCACUUUUGUUUUCGUUUCGUCACUUACUUGUUAUCGUAUACUUUUUUGCUCUUCGGUAUUUUGUUAAUUACACUCUUUUGUUACGUGCUGUAUGUAAAUUUAGUAAUUUAGUUAUAUAGUUUGUUGUCUCGCCCUUUUCUUUUUACCAGAGUUUUUUGUGCCUAACCGUGAAAUAGUGUUGGUAGAAGUAGAUUUUUCCCUUUCUCGGUUUUCCCAAUCACCAACUCUAGGUAUCUUCAGCAUUUGGUGAACAGCUUCAUUUUCAUCGUUUUCUUUAAUUUCGGUUGCAGUGGUUUUUAGGUAGUUUGUCUGGUAGUAAUUGCUAUUUUUUGCACUUCGUAGGAAUUUACUUUUUUCUGACACAUUAUAGUAAAACAUUUGCUGAGGCCUCGUUUUGUUGUUUUCGUCGAAUUGGCCCUUGCCUGUUCAGACACAGAGUUUACGAAUGAGAUACUCUAGUGCUUUUUACUUGCGUUUCCUCUGGCAGAUGCAACUGGUGUUUUAUAAUGACAUCUAUGGAAAUUUCAAGGACGCCGUCUCCAAGCCCGAUGGGUUGGUGGUUAUCGGAGUGUUUCUACAGGUAGUUUUUGUGUUGUGUUUUUCUUAACCAUACUUAUUAAUUUGUUUAACUUUUGACCCUUUGAGGCUUUGGUGGAUAAAUUGACAGAUUACGGAAUUCAUAUUGCAUAUCGUCAUUACUUUUGCUAGCGGAGACGCUUCCAACAGAUUCGUCUCCACCCAGAAGUUAACUGAUUACCUUUUCGUUCUUACUUUUUUUCGAAGGUGAACGGAGGAUUCAACAAAUGGAUGGAGAAAAUUGCUCUGGCCUCAACCAAUGUCGUGACUCCCAAUGGUAAUUAAACAUACACUUGUGUCAUUUGCGAUUACGCCCUUACUUCUAGUGAGACUGGUACGAAUUUCAGCUUGUUGUGUUUUUUGAAGGUGACAGCUACAGUCUUGAUGGCGGUAUACCGCUGACACAGCUUGUUCCAGACUUGAUGUCAAAAAGCGCUCCUUACUACACGUACAAAGGUUCCCUUACCACCCCUCCCUGCUACGAAUCCGUGCAAUGGAUCGUAAUGAAGAACCCAAUACCGAUCACCGAAUCCCAGGUUAGUAGUGGAGCUCACAGUGCUUAGUAGUAGUAAGAGAAUAUAGUAGUAAGAGAAUAUAGCUACCGCUCAAGCCGAGAAAAUUUGGUGUUGAUGCCACUACUCAGACGGAUUUUAUACAAAGAGGUGUAAAAACCACGCAUAUUACAUAUGCAUAUUAAUGCAAUCUAACAAUUUCUUUUCAGCUGGAAUUACUGCGAUCGUUAUCCACGAUUAGCGACGACCCUCUGUGCAACAACUUCAGGCCUGUGAAACCGCUGAAUGGCCGCAAGAUUUUCACGUGGCCUGGAAAGGAAAAGCUCUCUGGCCUGCUGAAUGUCCCCUUUUAUCAUUGACGAUCCAAUAGUUUCACUAAGACAUAACGAGGUCUACAUGAUUACCAGUAGAAAGCCGUGUCAUAAUUUGAACUCGUUUCCUUUUUAGCAAAUAUCUAUCUUAAUUAAAUGGUAGUUCACUGAAGGUUGCAAAAAAAGUCAGAAAAGUUAAUAAAAAGCGGGCUUUCACCAUAACACUAAGCUGAAACGACCGUGUAACCUUUUGGGCUUAUAUGAAUCAUUUGCCAUUACUUUUUGUGAUCCUUAUAUUAUCUUUGCGUUAUAUUGGUAAACAUCACACUAAGAGUCCUAAAUUACCAAGCCUGUCCUCUGCGUUUCUUUAUGGUUUUUUCUCUGGAAUUGGCAGGAAAAUAUUCUCGGUAUCCUGGGUUCACCAGUGGAUUCCGGUGAGUCGUAAGGAGGUGUAUUGAGUUUGUACGAGAGGGAGUCGACGCCUUUAAACGCUGUCUCGCUCUCUUUUGCGAUUAUCAGAGAGUUAGCUAUACCAUAAGGUUGUACGUGUGUUAUUUUGGGGACUAAAUGCGACCUCGAUUAAAGUGUUACACACUGAGUGAGGCCUAUACUCUCUGAUGAUUUUGAUUUUAACACGGAGAUCAUUAUUU